UUGUGAAUGUUAAACUAUUAUCGUGAUUGUUUUACAAUAAAAUGCAAGAGCAACAGCGAGAAAUUGAGAGAAAGCAAAACUUAAUUUUUGUAGAAUAAUAUAAAUUUAGUAGAUUAUAUUGUUUUUUGUGCUGUUCUGGUAGUUUUAAUUACAAAAAUAUGGUGGAUCCUAAUCGUAAAAUUAAUCGUUUAACCGAUAAGGAUAUAGAAUUCUUGGAAGAAUGUGAACGUGAAUUUGGUUUACGUUACACCGAGGAGGAUGCCGAAUUUAUGGCACAUUGUGCCAAACCCUUGGAUGAUCCACCAAUUGUAGAAAAUUGGACUGGUGGUGGAGGCGAUGGUGCUCGCAAUGAGGGUGGUGGUGGCCGUCAUCAUCAUAAUCGUGGUGGUCCACGUCAUCAUCAAAGAAACUGGCGUGGUAGUGGUGGCGGAGGUUAUGGUGGAGGUGGCUAUCACAAUAAUCGUAAUUUUAGACACAGAAGAGGAGGUCGUGGUGGUGGCCGUGAUUUUUAUGGUAAUCACAAUGGCUCAGAAGUUCCUUAUCAUUCGCAUAACCGACCCUCAUUUAAUCAACAACAAAACAGUAGUGGAGGUGGUGGUGGUAGUAGUAAUCGCCCGCCCAUGACAAUUAGAAGAGAUUAUAAUAAUUUUGUAGCCGCUUCUAAGGAUGAUUAGACUUUAAGAUUACUUUUUUACUAAUAAACAAACAGCAAUAAAAAUAGUUAUAAAAUUUA